AAAGCUCCCAGCUCUGCUCCAGUCAUUCAUAGCAAGGAAACAAAAGCCGAGGAUGCGCACACCAUAAGGGUCAAGUGGAAUGAAAUUGCAAAGGAGGAUCAAAACGGCUUGAUAUUGGGUUAUGAGGUUUUAUACAAAGAAAAAGGCCAACAAAACAGUUUCAGGUUGAACACAACAUCGACAGGCACCAUAAUUAGGCGCUUGAAACCAUAUACGGAAUACUGCAUCCAAGUUCGAGGGUUUACAAGAGCUGGGGGGUCACCAUUCAGCCCCCGCUUUGAUGUCAGGACACUGGAUAAAGGUCCAAGCCAACCACUCAAUGUUCAAGUUCAAGCCGUUUCUUCCGUUGCAAUUUUUGUAAAGUGGGAUGCACCAGCUCACCCUAACGGAGAAAUAAAAAGUUAUAUAAUAUUUUAUGGAACAAAAAAGGAUGGAAAGAAAAGUGAGCGAGAAGUAACUGGAAGCACACGGGAACAUACGAUAGAUGGCUUGCACAAAUAUACCACCUACUAUGUGAAAGUCAGGGGUAGUACCUCGGAACCAGGAAAUGCUUCUGAAAUAUUCAGUAUUACAACUUUCGAAGAUA